UCCAGUGGGGAGUUCGUGUUUGCGUUUGAGGCUUUGAAGUCACUGUAAGUAACGUGUCCAGCUCUGUGCUUCCCCCUCUUAAGCCUCUCCAGGAAUAGGAAGCCACAUAAAUAUUACCAAGCUGGCAGCCAGUGAGGCCCUUGGACCCAAGGAGCUCACCAGCAAAAAGGUGCACCAUGCUUAAGGGCAACAGGAUUGAGCCUGGGAGCCAGAGAAGAGUGAAAAGGCAUUAUCCAUGGAUCCUAUGUGGCUGCAACCGACAAUGCUAUAUCACCUUGAUUACUGGUUGCUACACCUGCGAGUGGCAGGUCAAGCAGGAGAAAAAGUCUUUACCUGGACCCUGCUGCUGCUCUUGGAGAGAGAAGUUAUUUUACCCAUUUCUGAUUACUUCAUUUUUGCUGUCUUUGAUUUUGCUGUUUGUGUGGAUAGAAACUUCAAAUGAAUACUUUGGCUUUGACUGGGUCAUUUUUCUAGGUACAGGAUACUGGUUCUUUUGGUCCAUUGUUUUGCUGAGUUUAUUUGGGAUCCUGGCUGCCUACUGUACAUUGCUGGUGGUACUUGCAUUUUUGUUGGUUUGGGAAGGGUAUGAACCAAACCUGCACUGGUUUCAUAAGGUCCUGGUUCUGCUAGUGAUUGUGACAAUCUCAUUUUUUUUGUGGAUUUUAUUCACAUACUGGAGGGACAGGUGGCUGACUACUGGGCUGUCACUGCAGAUCUUUGCUCCCUAUGUGCACCUGAGUGGCAUAAGUAUGAUGGUUAUCCUUUCCUGGCCUGUGGGCUUCUACUUAAUCCAUUUGGAAGAAGAAGCUAGAAUCAGAAGAUACAAGAUGGCAAAUUAUGACAGAGAAAAAACCAAGAGAUGUAAUAUACUCACAAAGUUGAGAGCUCUACAGGUGGCUAUUGGAUUGCCUUUUUUCCUUAUCCUUUUAUGUCUCUAUGUUAUUCCAUUGGGGAUUCAUUCUCCCUGCAUUCAGGAGGAGGGUAAAUUAGGACCCAAGCCAGACUUCUUUGGACAUAGAGGUGCACCUAUGUUGGGGCCUGAGAAUACCAUGAUGUCCUUUGAGAAAGCUGUUGAACAAGGGGCCUGGGGGCUGGAGAGUGAUGUACAAUUAAGUUUAGAUCAUGUACCUUUUCUUAUGCAUGACUAUGACCUGAGAAGAACAACCAAUAUUAAGGAGGUCAUGCCAAAUGCCUCCUUAACACAUCCUAGCUUCUUCCAGUGGCGUUUCCUGUCGACUCUGAAUGCAGGCAAAUGGUUUGUACAGUCACCGUCGAAACCAUUUUACAGAAUGAAAGCCCUAUCAAAGGCUGAUCGUGAAAGAGCAGAAAAUCAGACGAUUCCAAAACUAAUCGAUUUAUUGGAACUUGCACAGAAGGAAAAAAAAUUUGUGAUGUUUGAUCUUAAUGCCCCUCCACAAAAACAUCCUCUCAGAGGCACAUAUAUUCGCCGUGUAGUACGCUUAAUCCUUGACUCUAAAAUUGAGCAACAUCUGAUUUUUUGGUUGCCAGCUUUCGACAGGGAAUAUGUCAAACAAGCAGCUCCUGGUUUUCAGCAAGUGGGCAGGUUAUAUUCCAUUGAACGUCUUACAAAAGAAAAUAUCAGUAGAAUAAACGUUGACUACAAGAGGUUGUUCUACAGUGGGUUGAGAGAUUAUAAAGCAGCUAACAUCAAAAUCAACUUGUACCUUGUCAAUGAACCUUGGCUCUACUCACUGGCCUGGUGCUCCAAGAUUCACUCAGUGACCACAGACAACAUUCACAUCCUGAGUCAGCUAGAUCAGCCUUACUUCCUCAUGACACCAGGUUACUAUAUGUUUAUGUGGCUUCUCAUGGAUAGUGUUUCUGCGGUUCUCAUUGUUACCGUAUUUUAUUUUCAUUGGUGGAGAGAGCACAGAAAAGAAAUGGUCGAUAAUGCCAGCAUUCACACAGAUUCUCAGAGUGUUAGCCACCAAAAGAGAGAACUUGGGAGUCAAGAAUCUUCGAAUUUAUUCAUAAAUUCUCCUUUCCGAGUUGUGGAAAGUCCUUGGACUUUAGCAUCCCUCUACCCAGCUUUAACCAAGAGCACAAGGAAACAUCCAGGCUCUCACCAUCUUUUGGUAGUCCCCAAGAAAAAAGCCAGUGAACCAGAGCAAGUCAGGGAAGCCAUCAAACCACUGAUGCCUCUUGAGGAUGCUGUUAGACAGCUGGCAUCCACCAAGAAGUCAUUUGAACCCACGUGGGAUGAUGCCAGAAAGUAUACUCUCCAAACUGCAUUGCCUCCCCUGAAGAUGAAUAAACCAGCAGUUUCUUCCAUAGAGAUCUCUCAGUCUGAAAUAGAACCUGAAAAUAUCCCCAAAAGUAAAUCCUCCCAAGAAUCCUCUCUUACCAUGUUUUCUCCCACAUCCAGCAUGUUCUCCACUGGGCUGGUUUCAAAGAAGAAUUAGCUACAUGUUGCCUUCCUCUUCCUUUUUGUUUCUGUGCCUAAGAGUGGUAAUGUUGGCGACUUGUUAAGAAAGGAGGCAGAAGGGCCAUUGAGGCUCUCAGGAGGAUCAUUCUCAUCUAGCACUUUCCAUAAAGAAUCUCUCAAGGGAAUGGGCAAGGGAGUUAUUGUUGUUUGGGAACUGGAACUAGUUGUUUUCUGAUGUUAUAGGGUUUCUCAUCCUAACCCUUCAUAGUACUCCCUGCUAAAGGAAUGGCUUUCUGCACAUCAGUAUGGGAAUAAAGGCAAC